CUAAAUUAUGUCAUGUUUAGUCACUAGAAAAAUUUAAUAUCAAUUUUGGUCACUCGAAUUAUUGAAACAUGUCACAUUUAGUCACUCUCCUGUUAGUUUUCGUCCAACUUCAUUAACCGAGCUGGAGGGAAGCUAACGAACAGUGACUAAAUGUGACAUGUUUCAGUAAUUCGAGUGAUAUUCAUAAAAAAAAAAGUAAUUCGAGUGACCGGUGUUGGACGGAGCCUAACAGGAGAAUAACUAAAUGUGACUGUUUUUUAGCAAUUUGAAUGACCAAAAUUGAUAUUAAUUUUUUCCCGUGACUAAAUAUAAUACGAUUUAGUAAUCUCAGUGACUAAAUGUAACAUUUACCCAAGGCAAACGGUAGAAAUCAUGAUUAUUUGUUCUUUCUGUAGGUUCGGGCCGAGUGAAGAAUGGGAAUAAUAACGAAGGGGAUUGGGCCUAGGGCGGAGUGGUUUACUGCUUGGUUUUCCCAUUUGGCAUGUGGUGGGCCCAGGCGUCACGUGGGGGUUGUAAAAAGAGACAAGGGAAAUAGCCUGCUUCCGUUCGUAGUUUGUUAAAAACAAGCUCCGGCCCUAAUCUCGUCUCAACCAAUCAGCAGCCUCCUCCCACGUGGGCCUGUGGCACCAUCGCAUAAUGACAUCAUCCUGCAUUAUUAUCACUAAGUAGGUGUCAUUAUUAUUUUAUUAUUUUAUUGGUAAAAUCAUUAUUACUUUAUUAGUUUUAGCGUACGUUGUCAGGGUGGCUAUAUGGUCCGGUUCGGUUAAAUUGGACCAAAUUGAUCCGGUCUCAGUCCGAUCUUUUUGGGAAUAUAAGGACCAAAGAUUGAAUUGGAUACAGUUCGGUCUUGAUCCGGUCCGGUCUUGAUCUGGUACGAUCUUGAAUCGGUCCGGUCUUGACCCGGUCCGGUCCCAAUUUUAUCUUGAUUUUAGGUGUUGGGGGUCUCUUAUCUGAUCUUUAUCCGGUUUUUUACCUCAAAUCUAAGCCCGAAUAUGAGAUUGCAUUGUUUACUAUCCGGUCCCAGUCCGGUCCCGAUCCGGGUUAUACGGUCCGGUUUCGGGUAAAACCAAACAGUCCGGGACCAAAUGGCCAGCCCACUGGCAACCUAAUUUGAUUCACUAUACGAAAAACAAAGGAAGUGGGUGGAUAAUUGGGUAUUAAGAUUGUCAAUCUAGUUUAGCUCGUUGGUUAGUAAAGCAACUGGAUGAAUGAUUAUUAAUUUAAUUAUUUUAGUUUGAUUUAGUUCGUAUAUAUAAAAAAGUUAUUAUAUUAUUUAUAUAUAUAUAUAUAUUAUAUUAUAUUAUAUGUUAUCUAAAAUAACAGUAAUAACAUAUAACAUUACAGUAAAAUAAUAAUUUGUAAAUCAAUCCAAUCUAUAUUAAAAAUUCAAACACACUUAAUUUCAUCCUAUAAGUUGAUGAUUGUCACCUUGAAUGAACUUGACAAUCGAAUCAAAUUUGGGUUAACCUGCGGAUCGACCCGGGUUAGCAACCUCCGCUGGUAUUUAACCUUUAUACAUUUUUUUUUUUUUUUUUGCCUUUUUACGAAUAGCGGAAAAGUUUCCAAAUUUGGGGCACUGAUACAAAUCGCAGAACAACCGCCAUUGUUUUUUGAUUUUUUUCUUUUGAUAGGAUCUCUAGUUGUUAUUAUUAUCCUCUCUCUAACCCACCGCUUCUUUCCUCUCGGCUCUGGCAUUUCUACUCUUCUCUAUAUCUUAAACAUAUCAUCUUCGAUUCAGAAAAGCCAUGGAUGAGUCUCCCGCGUCGUACAUACACUUGGUGCACAGGCUGAUAGAGGAGUGCCUGGUGUUGAAGAUGAGCAAAGAGGAGUGCAUGGAAGCUCUGUCGAAGCACGCCAACAUCAAACCGGUGGUCACCUCGACGGUGUGGAUGGAGCUUGAGAAGGAGAACCCGGGUUUCUUCCAAGUUUAUUAUCACAACCACCGCACAUCAUCUUCAUCGGCGCCGGCACCGUCGACGCCGCCUGCCGGCAGGGAGCGGCGUAUUAAAGCCCUAAUCUCCAAUUACUCGGAUCCAGCGUCGUCAUCAUCAGAUUGAUUGGUCCAAGGGCUACUAAUUAUUGAUUAAUUAGUGGGUGUGUAAUUAAUAAUUGUCAACUCAUCACCCCGUGAUCGAAAUUCUUGGGGAUGGAUGGGGUGUAAUGGAUAUUUUAUAUAUAUAAUAUACAAUUUUCGAGCCAUCGGAUCCCAAUAAUUUCAGGGGCAGCUAGCUGCAUGACAUAACAUUGGCACAUUGCCCCCAUCCUUAGCAUAUCGUAUCCUAGGUAUUUUAUAUCGUUAUCGUCUCGCCAUUUAUUUUGAUUUCAUUGUAUCGUGUUACUCGCCCGCCGCAAUGAUAGCCAUGACUCACGAGGGAGACGAGGUAGGUGGUGAAGGCGGCGCCUAGAGAGUAAAGAAAAGAGUGACUGGAUCAGGAACAAAUGGCAGGGAUGGGAAGGAAAAGAAACGUAUGAGAUAGGG